CCCCUUCUUCCGGGCCGUGUCAAAAUCUGUCUUUUCGUGUGCAUUUGUGAGAAAACGUGGAUUUAGAUCUCGGUUUUCGCUAAACGCGCCAGCAAAAUGAGGACCCUCAACACGAGUCAAUGCGUCAAAAUCCCAAAGCAGGUUGUCGCCAGUGUCCACUCCCGUACGAUAAAAAUCAAGGGACCCAGAGGGACGCUGGAGCGGAGUUUCAAGCAUCUCGCACUAGAUAUUUACAUGGUCAGCAAACGCACCAUCAAAGUGGAAAAGUGGUUUGGAACAAAGAAGGAACUGGCCGCAGUCAGGACCGUGUGUUCCCACAUUGAGAACAUGAUUAAGGGAGUGACACUGGGAUUCCAGUACAAAAUGCGUGCUGUGUAUGCUCACUUCCCCAUCAAUUGUGUCACCUCCGAGGGCAACACCGUAAUUGAGAUCCGAAACUUCCUCGGUGAGAAGUACAUUCGCAAAGUGAGGAUGGCUCCAGGAGUCACUGUGGUGAACUCCACGAAGCAGAAGGAUGAGUUGAUUCUCGAGGGAAAUGACAUUGAGGCAGUGUCUGGAUCAGCUGCGCUCAUCCAGCAAUCGACUACAGUUAAAAACAAGGAUAUCCGUAAGUUCUUGGAUGGUCUCUACGUGUCCGAGAAGACCACUGUUGUUCAGGAAGAAUAGAAGGAAAUAAAUUGAUAUCCAACACGAGAA